AGGUCACUGUGCAUGGUGGAUCGUGAUUCGUAAAUCAAGAGGGCAGGAGCAUUAUUUCUAACUGUAACUGUCUCUUGUCUCUUCAAUCCCAUUUAUUCGGCGUGCAUAUCUGCGACUCAUUCCAAGCGGUCAGCGUUCGUCUGCUGCUACUUUCGAACACACAUACAACCAUACAAUAUGUCAACCAGCUUAGAACUGUUCGUUGAGAUGGGUCGACUGGCUUUGGCUGGUCAAAUGGCUAUGGUCCUUUGGCAAAACAGACUGGUGGGUCAGGAGGGAUCGGAGGGGUUAUCUCCAGGUUAUUUAAAAAGACAGGAUGUAAUGUCAUCAUCCUCGGGUCAAACCAGGUGAAACUGGACAGCUUUGUCAAGUCUCUCCCUACCCAGGACGGAGAGGCCUGGGGAUAUAGCUGUGACCUGAGAGAUAGAGAACAGGUUGAUGCGAUUGCAAGCAAAAUCACUGAAGAGCGCCCCCCCGAUUGACGUCCUCAUUAACAAUGUAAGCUUUGCAGUCGCUGCCAAUGCACCCUUUUGGGAGCAAGACCUUGACAAUGUGGCUUCGGUGAUGGAUGUAAACCUGAGCGGGGCUUAUGACUAUUACUCAUGCUGUGCUUAAAUACAGCAUGAUGCAACGCAAGCCUCGCCCCACGGGGACUAUCCUCAAUAUCUCGAGCAUCACUGGUCAUCAAGCCCAUGCUGGGGUUGAGGGCUUCACAAACGUAUUGCGUCACGAAUUGGUAGGCACAAACAUUCGCGUGCUUCUCAACAGGCCCGGGACAACAAGAACAGAGUUCCAUGCUCGUCGACAUGGAUAUGACAGGGAAAAGACUGAUGCCACCUAUUCUGGUUCCUGUCCGUUGGUUGCGGAUGAUAUCGCCGUCAGCUGUUUAUACCAAUGCCUUCAGCCUGAGAGAAUAUCAGUCGUGCUGCUGGAGACACUUGGAACGGCGCAGAGGAGUUUGUACUCCGUUGAUCAGGAGUAUGAAUCGAGAAAUGGGCAAUCUGAAUGUCGGAAAUGGUCAGAAUAAACCAUUGUAUCAAGACGUAAAGCCAUCUGAAUCUCUU